UCGCUCAAGGAAUUUUUUUUUAAUUUCAUCUACCAUACAGAUCCCUCCUCAACCAAUAUGUCUUUCAUCCGACCCCCGCCGUAUGCCUACGAGACCCAAGUUUACAUUCAAGGUCUUGAUGAUAAGAGACCCUCUCUCCCGGUCGACCCUCGAGAGUGGGAGGCACUUGCCAAGGAGCGUCUAUCUGCAGAUAGCUUUGGAUAUGUUUGGGGUUCUGCUGGUACCAGGGAAACGGACGAGAACAAUCGCAAAGCAUUUCGAAGAUGGGGAAUUGUCCCGUCCCGUUUGGUAAAGUCCGACUUUCCCUCGCUCCGGACGAAACUAUUUGGCGAGGAGUACGACUAUCCAGUUGGGAUUGCACCAGUUGGGGUUCAACGAAUCUUCCACCGUGACGGUGAGGUUGCCGUCGCUUCCGCGGCGCAAACCGAAGGGUUGCCAUAUAUCCUUAGCUCUGCGUCGUCAACGAGCAUUGAAGAUGUCGCUGAAGUUAAUGGAAACGCCCACCGGUGGUUCCAACUGUAUUGGCCAUCCAAUGAACAUAACGAUAUCACAAAGAGUUUGCUCAACCGAGCCAAGGCUGCUAAGUUCAGUGUCUUAGUUGUCACCCUUGACACCUAUAUCCUUGGAUGGCGACCAUCGGAUCUUUCAAACGGAUACAACCCCUUCCUUCGGAAAGACAAUAUCGGUGUGGAAAUUGGGUUCACCGAUCCAGUCUUCCGGAAGAAAUUCGCUGAAAAGCAUGGCAAGGAAGUGGAGGAUGACAUUUCCCUCGCCACCGCUGAAUGGACCCAUACUAUCUUUCCGGGCACAAGUCAUGGGUGGGAGGACCUGCAAUUUCUCCGUCAGCACUGGAACGGGCCGAUUGUUCUAAAAGGCAUACAGACGGUUGAGGAUGCAAGGCAAGCACUCGACUGCGGAAUGCAAGGCAUAGUCGUGUCGAACCACGGUGGACGACAACAGGAUGGUGGUGUUGGGUCUCUAGACAUGCUCCCGGAAAUUGUCGAUGCCGUCGGAAGUGAGCUAGAAGUGAUCUUUGACUCGGGCGUGCGGUGUGGUGCCGACGUGGCCAAGGCUCUCGCAUUAGGCGCCAAGAUGGUCCUUCUCGGCCGGCCAUAUGUGUAUGGGCUUUCCAUUGCCGGGGAGAGUGGUGUCCGCCACGUGCUCAAAAGUAUCUUGGGGGAUUUACAGCUCACGCUUCAUUUGUCGGGUAUUCGGUCGGUGCAUCCAGAGCAUCUGAAUAGGGCCGUACUUCGACGGACAGGUUAAUAAAUAGCAUACUCAGUGGGCCUUGUUUUUGAAUUUAUUCAAGGAUUACAAGAUUCUAUGCGUAUAAGAUUCAUGAUACUGUAGCAUCACGGCGCAAAAAUGCCGAGAAUGACAAGAAAGAAC